UGUAUCGACACGCCGCCAUAGUAUUUUAUCGAUAUAUUUGCAGUUCUACUGGAGAAUUUGACAAAAAAAAAAACAGGAAAUAGAUAAAAAUAAAUCAAUUAAAAAUUUCAAUGUGUAUUAGCAAUACUCAAUGUUUGGGAGUAGCUUACUAAAUUACAUUCGACUGGAUCUACAAUGAGCUCGCGCAGAACGAGAUCCGGGCCGACGCUCAACUUUAAAGCGGUGCUGCUGGGUGAAGGCUGCGUGGGCAAAACAUCGUUGGUGCUGCGUUACAUGGAGGACAAAUUCAACACACAGCAUCUCAGCACACUGCAAGCUUCGUUCGUGACUAAAAAGGUGACGCUGCCAGAUGAGCGGCGGGCUCAACUCAAUAUAUGGGAUACGGCCGGGCAGGAGCGCUUUCAUGCAUUGGGACCGAUCUACUAUCGGGGCUCGGAUGGAGCGUUACUCGUGUACGAUAUAACCGAUCAAGACUCCUUUCAAAAGGUCAAAUCAUGGGUGCGCGAACUUAAACAGAUGCGUGGCAGCGAGAUUGCGCUCAUCAUCGUGGGCAACAAGACUGAUUUGGAGGAGCAGCGAGCCAUUGCUUAUGACACAGCAGUGCGUUAUGCUCAAACAGUGGGCGCUCAAUACGUGGAGACAUCUGCCAAGGAAAAUGAAGGUGUCACUGAACUAUUCGACCUGCUUACCCAACUGAUGGUCCAACAUCAUGGAAACAAGCAGCAGAAUGAUACCAAUACCAAUGCGCUGCGUUUACAGAGCUCGGGGAUGGCGUCCAAUGCAGGUUCUAUCAGCAUUUCAGAUGAUCCGGAUGCUGAACAGGAUAACGGCAAUGCUUCUGCCGCCGCCGCCUCCGCUCACCGCUCCUGCUGUGGCAUCUAGGCUGCUUGUCAGCCGUCCAUUGUGAUAAUACAUAUGUACUAGUAGAUCUGUAACCGAUGUGUAUUUGUAUAUAAUACGUGUAUUUAUGUAUCUCCCAGCAAUCCUUUUCCCGUUACCGUUCCCGUUCCCGUCCCUUUACCGGCCUAUACUCUAGGCCCAAUACCAUGUGUAUACGCUCUUGUUAUCUGUUUGAAAUUAUCCUUCUGUUUUUGGUUCCUCAAAUCGGUCCGGUAUGUUUUGUUACACUUUUCUUUCUUUUGUAUUGUGAGUCUGGCAAAUCGCUAAUUAAAUUUUGUUUGUAUGCGUCAUCCAAAUCUGUGAACUUGUGAAUUUCUGAAAGGCA